ACCCUAAUUGAUUCCAUCUAAUUCUGCCACUUGGACGAUUUUAUAACUUUUCUUGAAGUUCACUUCAGAAACCAUAAACCCUAAAAUUAAAUCAGGAGCAGCAAAAAGACCUCUUUUUGUCACUCCCUGAGCUCCGGCCAUGGCGGAGAAAGUCGAAGUCUCAGUGACCACGCUAGGAGGCAAGGGAUCGUCUCUGUCCUCAUCCUCUGUCUAUGCCAUUGCCAAUGGCCUUGCACAAGUACGAAUCGACUCCUCAGCGCUUUGCAGGCUUGCCUCCUUCGAUAACCGUACCCCGACCAUCAAAGACUACCAAUUCAACUUCUCCAAUCACUUAACCACGGAAGAGUCCAGGGCCUCUGUUGCCGUACUCCUUAACAAGCUCCUCAUCCUCUCUGGCUCGGCCAGCGUCCGUACGGUCCUCCCAGUUCGAAUUGCUGAAGCAUUGAACAUGAGGAACUUGCAGAAGCUAGAGAUUGAUUCGUUAGAUUUGACCGAAGAGGAGACUACUGUGCUGGAAACGUUGGGGCUGACCUCUUCUCUGUACGGAGUUUUCGCUCUUUUGGACUACCAAACGGCGGCUCUUUCGAUGAUUGCAGAUGCAGUGGCGGCGAUAUCAUGCGAGGCUUUGAAAGCUGACGUGGCAGCGUUUAAUUUGAUGGAUUCCGGGGAUGGGUAUACCGCGAAGGAUGAGAUUGGUGUUUCCGGUGAUAUGAAGGUACUGCUGAAUGGGUCUAAGUUGGUGGGGAAGGUUGAGAUUAACGCGGUUUCGAAAAUCCCCAAAAUUCACGGCUGUUUGAGGGAGCAAGCCAAAUUGGUUCAUUCCAAGACUCGGGUCGAAUUAAAUUCUGUUGUUAAAGUUGGCAAAGGUGGGCCUGGGAGCGUCGCUGGGGCGGCCGGGAUGGUUCGGACUGCGUUAUUGCCAUUGGCCGCAGCAUUGUGGGACUUGGGUACUUGUAGUUUUGGCCGUUCUAAAUCAAAUUUAGAAUCAAUGGAUAGCAAUGAUUUGCGGUCGAGUUUGGGAGGUUUGUUUGAGAAGAAAUGCCCUAGUGAUGAUUCCUUGAAAAAUGAGUUUAAGCUGGUCUCGGAAUUGGUUUUCGAAGGGGAAGAGAAUUAUGACAAAUUAGCGCAUCAAGUGAAUGUUUUGCUGGGGCUUGUGUGGAAAAUUGUGGCUUGGGAAGCGAUAACCGCAUAUGUUUCCCUUGAAGGUGCUGAAUUGAAUGAAAAGAGUAAAAGUACUGAGGUCAAAGGAGGAGAGAAAGCGAAAGUUGAUAAGAAGAGUGAGAAGAAAAAGAAGGUGGUUUUGGGGAAAGGGACCAGUGUUAUGAUCCAGUUGAUUAAGAGUAGACUGGCGAGUAAGUUGGAUGGUUUUGGUAGUUCAGGGUUAUUGGAGAAAUGGGUUGAAGAUCAUUUAUCCUUUAUGGAUCCAAAGGACAUUGAGUUUGAUAAUUUGUUAAUCAAAGUGAAGGAGAUUGUGGAAAGCAAUGAAACUAGAAGACUUCCCAAGCUUCCAAAGGGUACUCGUGAUUUCGCAAAAGAACAAAUGGCUAUAAGGAAGAAAGCCUUUUCAAUUAUAGAGGAUGUUUUUGAGAGGCAUGGUGCUACAGCCCUGGAUACUCCGGUUUUUGAAUUAAGAGAGACUCUUAUGGGAAAAUAUGGGGAAGACUCGAAGUUGAUAUUUGAUCUGGCCGACCAGGGUGGGGAGCUCUGUUCUUUGCGGUACGACUUAACUGUUCCUUUUGCUAGGUUUGUGGCUAUGAAUGGCAUAACAUCCUUCAAAAGGUACCAAAUAGCAAAGGUUUACAGAAGAGACAACCCAUCCAAAGGAAGAUAUCGUGAAUUUUAUCAAUGUGAUUUUGAUAUUGCGGGUCAAUAUGAAAGAAUGGGGCCAGAUUUUGAGAUUAUUAAGAUUUUGACUGAAUUACUGGAUGAACUAGAAAUCGGAAAAUAUGAGAUAAAAUUGAAUCAUCGGAAGUUACUAGAUGGAAUGUUAGAAAUUUGUGGAGUGCCCUCUGAGAAGUUUAGAACUAUUUGUUCAAGCAUUGACAAGUUAGACAAGCAACCUUUUGACCAGAUUAAGAAAGAAAUGGUGGAAGAGAAGGGCUUAACUAUCGAGACAGCAGAUAAAAUUGGUGAUUUCGUGAAAGAGAGGGGAUCUCCUCUUGAAUUGUUAAGUAAACUUAAAAGUGAGGGGAGUGAAUUCUUGGAUAAUAAUGCAUCUGUUGAUGCUUUGAAUGAUCUGGAGAUUUUAUUCAAGGCUUUGGAUAAAUCGAAGUGUAUCAACAAAGUGACUUUUGACUUGAGUCUUGCCAGAGGUCUUGAUUAUUAUACUGGAGUGAUUUAUGAAGCUGUUUUCAAAGGAGGUGCACAGGUUGGUUCAAUUGCUGCCGGGGGACGUUAUGACAACCUAAUAGGCAUGUUUGGUACAAAGCAAGUUCCAGCAGUUGGUGUAAGUCUUGGAAUCGAGCGAGUAUUUAAUAUCAUGGAGCAGAUUCAGAAGGACCAGAACCAGACAACUAGAGCAACAAAGACGGAAGUGCUGGUAAGCAUACUGGGAGACGAUCUAAUUCAAGCCGCAGAACUAGCAAGUGAGCUAUGGGAUGCGAAAAUAAAAGCAGAAUAUUUGGUGACGAAAAGAAUGAACAAGCACUUUGAUCGUGCGAAAGAGUCUAAGAUCCCAUGGAUGUUGAUAGUGGGUGAGCGUGAAGUUAAGGAGGGGACAGUGAGACUGAAAGACUUUGAAUCCAAUGCCGAAGAUGUGGUUGUCCAAAGAAGCAGUGUUGUCGACGAACUCAGAAGACGGCUGAGCCCUUGAAUAUGCAUAUGCCUUUAUUACUUUGAUAGAACGUAUACAUGCCUUUGUGGGUAUUUGAUUUGAUGAUAUUACAACUUACCUCUUCAACUGAUGUGCUUAUUGAUAAAUAUUCAUUCUAAUGUAUAUCGAUGGCAUUAAAAUAUUUUGGCUUUAAGAACAUUGGUAUCAAGGCCCAUCCUUCUCUUGCUUUAA